AGAGGAUCCACUUACUCCUGUUCCCAAACACAUUUCUGCUUCUAGUAGAUUCCUCCCAGUGGCCAUCCUGCGCCCAUACGCCAGCAAAUGCGUAACAAACUGUCAAGCACCGAGCACAACCGUGCAUUUUAGCAUACACGUAAUAAAAUAGCUAAAGUAUACCGCCUCUUAUUCUACGCCCCCGUGCCUAUAUAAGUAAACCGAAACUCCGGCGAUUGCAAAAUUUCGCUGAUAUUUUAUUUUUGCUAAGCAAAUUUCAAGAAGAAUAUUCCCUUCUCAGAAAGAGAAAAUUCCCAGCAACUCCUCAGUACAAAAUGGAAGAGCAAGAAAAUAUGGUGAAUGUGACAGUUUUAUGGCGAGGCAACAAGUAUGUGGUGGAAAUGAAUUCUGGUGCGUAUCUCAAGGAGCUUGGAAAUGAACUGCAGAAGUUGACUGAUGUUAAGGCAGAUACUAUGCGGCUCAUUCUUCCUUUAUUUUCGGGCAAAGGCUCGAGAAUGCUGCACCCUUUCUCGGAUGAGCACUCAUGCUUGAGUUUGCAAGAAGCUUCAAUUGUCAAGGGAAAAUCUGUCAGGAUGAUGGGGGUACCUGAGGAUGAAGUUGACCAAGUUAUACAGAAUUCAAAGGUGGACCUGAGGAUAGCUGGAUUCAAUGAAGAGGAAAGAAGACUGAGGCUGCGAAUGUCAGAUGGACCUCGUGCUUCACUGAGACUUCCUCAAGGACCUUAUAUCUUUUGCAAUUUUCGCACACUUCAAAUUCCCGGAUUAGAGUUACACCCUCCAUCUUCUGAGGCAUUAAAAAAGAUGCAUAUGCUUGCUUCGGACCCUGGAAUUGUCUCUAUCAUGAACAAGCAUCGAUGGCGUGUUGGAAUAAUGACUGAGAUGGCUCCAGUUGGUUAUGUUGGUGUGAGUCCUAAAUGCAUUCUAGGUUUUAACAAGAAUCAUGGAGAGGAGAUAUCUCUGCGUCUUCGAACCGAUGACCUCAAGGGAUUCAGGAAAUACGAGAGCAUCAAAAAAACUCUUCUACAUGAACUUGCUCAUAUGGUAUUCUCUGAACAUGAUUCAAAUUUCUAUGCCCUUGAUAAACAGCUGAAUGAAGAAGCUGCUAGCUUAGAUUGGACCAAAUCUAGGGGCCACACCUUAAGUGGAAUAAGACAUUUAGAGAAUCAUGAAGAAAAUGUUUAUGUUGAAGAUGGAAGAAGUUUUCAUAAGAUUGGUGGAAAUAUGUCAACUUUGUUGGAAAAUGCCCGUUCCUCUUCUGUAGCUGCUGCUUAUCACCGUCUGGUAGAUGCUUCGGCCAACAAUGUUGAAGCAUCUGAAACACAUGAUGAGCCUGACCCUGAUGAUUCUGGGUCAAUUGUGCCCGACAGAAAUGAAAAUGUAGACAUUGAAGGUCUAAUUAGGGCUCAGGGGAAACUUGCUCAUGAACCAGAUCCUGAUGACCAUUCUAGCCAGCAAAACAAGUUUGAACCUGAUCCAGAUGAUUUGCAACAUGGUGAAACUUUGCAACUGAAACCACAUUCUGAAUUUACCAAAAACAAUUCUCAGAAGACUCUUGGGAAAUCAGCAGCCAUGAGUUCAAGUGAAGAGCCUGAUCCUGAUGACUCUGGAGUUUCUUCAAGUUUUGGAAAUGUAGUUGAACCUGCAGUGAUGGAGAUUCUGGACACUAAGAUUCAGACACGUGAUACUAUAGGUGAACCAGAUCCUGAUGAUGGAGAAGCACAAUGGAAUAAUUUGGGAUGUGCAAACAUGGCGAGACAUGAUAAGGGUCAUUAUGUAACAACUGAAACCAUGGAAGAUCGAGCCCAUUUCAGCCAAGCUCAUAAACAGCCUGAUCCUGAUGAAUCUAAAGCAAAUGAAACAGCACAAGCAGAGCCUGAUCCAGAUGAUAAGUUGGUGCCACAACAGGGAAUAUCCGAUCUGAAAAUGGAUGAGCCUGAUCCAGAUGAUCAAGAAUUACAAAGAAUCCAAGACUCUGUUACUGGUGUUUGCAGUCGUCUGCAAAAGGCCAUUGAUAUGUUGCGAGCUGAAGUUAAUCCCAGCGAGGCAACUAUCGUCCUGCAAACUCUAUUUAAGAUAAUUGGGAAUGUGAUUGAACACCCAGAUGAGAUGAAAUUUAGAAGACUUCGAAGGGCCAAUCCUAUAAUCCAAAGAAACAUUGCAAAUUACAAAGCUGCCAUGGAAAUUCUUCUCUUGAUUGGUUUUACUGAAGAUGUUAUCUUGGAUGAAAUUGGAAAGGCAGAAACUUACCUAGUUUUAAAGCGGAAUGAUCCUGGUCUAUUAUGGCUUGCCAAGUCCUCCCUUGAAACAUGUAAUGCUUACUAGUUUCAGCUACGCGUAAAUAUGUGUGAAAAUAUGGUGAAAGACAAUGGUGAAGAAAAUGCAUAAACAUUAAAUUGUGUUGUGUACUUCAUGUUGUAAUGAUUUGAGGAAAAAAUGGUAAAGAAGUAAUUUGGUUUGGAAAUUUGAGCUCCCAAAACUUACAAGUAA